CAUGGUUACAACCAUUCCUAAUUUUUUGUUCUUGUUCGAUUUGGUUUUGGAUGCAGCAGGUGCUCUGCUCUUGCGCACGUUUGGUGGCGUCUCCGGCACAGCCGUGCUUCUUGAGGCGACCGGCGUGAUGGCGGGUGUGUAUGGCGGCGACCACAAGCUCUCCGGGAGCUCCGCAUCUGAGUCUCGACCAUCCUCCACAGCAAGGAGCUGGGCCAAGGGAGCUAGCAGCGCUACUGGUUUCUUGAGGCCGGAUCGUGUAAGAUGGUGCACCACGGCGUGCGGCGGCCUAUUCUGUCGUAGUGGGUUAUGAUGAUAUUUCCAAGGAAAUAUACUGACCCUGAUGUGGCUAAGGUGCAGAUUUGCCCUUUCUGAAACAAUUUUACUCUGUUUUGUGUUCUUCCUGUAUGUCCAGUUUCACAUUGCUGGUGUUUCAUGUCAUAUUCAUCAAUCCUGCUCACAUUGCUGUUGUUUUUUCAGUAGCAAAUAAAUAAAUAAAGUAAAUGUACUAUAUCUUGGUAUUCUAGAACUUCAGUGCCUCACAGAAGUUGCUUUAUGUACUGCUUUAGCUUGCAAACCUGAUGAUUUGUUGUCUGUUCUCAUUUCUUAAGUUUGAAAUGUUUCAAACCUGAUGAUAAAGUAAAUGUACUAUUUCUUAAGUUUCUUUAG